AAGGUGGGUCAGAAACACAUGUCCUAUUCAGGCAAUAUCCAUGUGCCCACAUGUAUGAUAUAUAUUUGACGGAGAGAGAAAAAAAGAAGGGAAGAAGAAACAAUAAGAGGAAAAAAAGUGAGAGGAGUGAGAUGAAAGAGAGUGGGGACACAGAAACAAAACCCACCAACAACCCCUCCUCUCAUUAGCUCUUCCUCUCCAACAUUGGCAGUUACUCUUGUCUCUGCGACUGCUUCUUCUGCUUUCUUAUCUUGGGGUGUUGGUAUUCUUCCACUACUGUUUCUGUGUUCACAUGUUUUAUAUAUAAGAUAGUUGGUUAUAGGUUUUAUAGAGUGUGUGGGAAGUCUAUUGAAGAAAAAUGAAGGAGAAGAGUGACGGGUUUGUGAGGGCAGAUCAGAUAGAUCUGAAGAGCUUGGAUGAGCAGCUUCAGAGGCAUCUCAGCAGAGCAUGGACUAUGGAGCAGAAGAAGGAGCAGCAAGAAGAGAGGCCCAAUACUCGAGAAGAGUGGGAGAUUGAUCCUUCCAAGCUCGUCAUCAAGAGUGUCAUCGCUCGUGGCACUUUUGGGACGGUUCAUCGUGGGGUUUACGAUGGCCAAGAUGUUGCAGUUAAACUUCUUGAUUGGGGAGAGGAGGGCCACAGAACAGAGGCUGAAAUAGCUUCACUUAGAGCAGCUUUUACACAAGAAGUUGUUGUAUGGCACAAGCUUGAUCAUCCUAAUGUAACUAAGUUCAUUGGGGCUACAAUCGGCUCAUCAGAGCUAAACAUACAAACAGAAAAUGGUCACAUUGGCAUGCCAAGUACUGUAUGUUGUGUUGUUGUUGAAUAUCUUCCUGGGGGAGCACUGAAAUCUUACCUCAUAAAGAACCAUAGAAGGAAGCUGGCUUUCAAAGUAGUUGUCCAACUGGCACUAGAUCUUGCACGAGGGUUGAGCUAUCUUCAUUCUAAGAAGAUUGUCCACAGAGAUGUGAAAACAGAGAACAUGCUUCUGGACAAGACUCGUACUUUAAAAAUUGCUGACUUUGGGGUUGCUCGCAUGGAGGCUUCAAAUCCUAAUGACAUGACAGGCGAGACUGGAACCCUUGGUUACAUGGCUCCAGAGGUUCUCAAUGGCAACCCGUAUAAUAGGAAAUGCGAUGUGUACAGUUUUGGUAUCUGCUUGUGGGAAAUUUAUUGCUGUGACAUGCCAUAUCCAGAUCUCAGCUUCUCAGAAGUGACCUCAGCUGUUGUCCGCCAGAAUCUGAGGCCUGAGAUACCUCGUUGUUGCCCGAGCUCUCUUGCGAAUGUAAUGAAGCGAUGCUGGGAUGCUAACCCUGACAAGCGCCCAGAGAUGGACGAGGUGGUAUCGAUGCUGGAGGGCAUUGACACAUCCAAGGGUGGAGGUAUGAUCCCUCUAGAUCAACCUCAAGGCUGUUUCUGUUUUGGCAAGUACCGAGGGCCUUGAAAGACUUGCUCUCUAAAGCAAAGAGAUGGUACAGAGUUCUGGAAAUCCAGCUUGUAUUUAAUUUAAGGUGGAAGAUUUGGGAUUUCAGAGAUGAAGGGAUACAGAAAUGCGGUUUGGUUUUAGCCUUUUAGGAUAAGAGGAACUCAUCAAUUUCUGUUUGUUUGUCGGAUUUUUGGAUGCUGUAAAUCUUUUCUUCUUUCGUUUUCCCUUAAAAAGGAAAUUGUGUAUUUGAUAGAGUGGCCGAUUCCAGGAUUUGUUGGCCUAAACAACGUUUCUGUAAGAUGAGCUUUCAUGUAACAGUCAGAUAUUGCCAUGUUGAACUGUUAAUUCAACAGGGUAAAUUGCUAAAAAAUGCCUUUCCUGAUGUGCAUUA